UACAACCCCAUCUCAUAAUAAUCAUCAUAAUCACUGCAACUUAGCUUAAAGUCUUUAACACCCCAGUUCCCUCUCUCUCUCUCUCUACAGAAUAAUCGAAAAGGGGAAAAAGUGAAAAUUUCCCAACACAAAAGGCUAAGAUUAAAAGCCCUUCUUUGUACCCAACAACAAAGCUACCUAGCUCCCCAUACUUCCAUCUUCAUUGGCCGCCAUGAAACAAGAACGCAAGAUUUCCAAGAUGGGUUCUUGCCAUUUAUUGCAGUCUUCUUCUUGGACCAAAGCGGUGGUUAAGAAGUGGUUGAAUAUACAGAGCGGCGCCGAUGAGUUCCAUUCAGAUUACACCAUAAACGCCGGGAUUGAACGGAGAAGGAAGAGCUGCUCCGACGAGAGCGGCCGCGCCGUCGUGCCGGAGGAAUUAUCAGACAUGUGGUUGAUUGAAUCGAGCGAUGGAAUUGGACGGACGAGAUUCGAGGAGGAAGAAUCUUCGGCUACGGAAGAGCUAAGGAUGUUUGUGGGGACAUGGAAUGUUGGAGGCAAGACACCCCAUGAUGGAUUGAACUUAAUGGAAUGGAUAAAGUCCCCUCCUCCAGCUGACAUAUAUGUGCUUGGGUUCCAGGAAAUUGUCCCACUGAAUGCAGGAAAUGUACUAGGGGCAGAAGACAGUGGCCCAGCUGCCAAGUGGCUGUCUUUGAUUCGACAAGCUUUAAACACCAAAACUGACCCAGAAAUUUCCCCUAAUUACACUCACACCCCAAAUUCCCAGCAAAAAACUUCAGAAUCACCCCUCCUGCAUGAACUGCAACACCAGACUGGCCUAAAACCAAGACCCAGCUUCUCUGAUCUGCUCUCCAUAGAAAAUGAACUCAAAAACGAAGGCUCGGGAAGAUUCUUUAGCACGAAUUCAGAUUCUUACACUAUUGAUGAAGAUUCAGAGCGAAGUCGAUUCUGCUUAGCAGCAAGCAAGCAAAUGGUAGGGCUGUUUCUUUGCGUGUGGGUUCGCUCCGACCUGUAUCAACAUAUUAGCAGUUUAAAGGUUUCGUGUGUUGGGAGAGGCAUUAUGGGAUACCUUGGUAACAAGGGUUCAGUAUCUAUCAGCAUGACAUUGCACCAGACAACGUUUUGCUUCGUCUGCACCCACUUGGCCUCGGGGGAGAAAGAAGGCGACGAGUUCAAAAGAAACUCAGAUGUCAUCGAGAUUUUGAAGAGAACCCGGUUUUAUAACUCGAGCAGCAUUAGGGGGAAACUAGUUCCACCUGAUAACAUUUUGGAUCACGACAAGGUAAUUUGGCUCGGGGAUUUAAACUACCGGCUUGCAUCUACCUGCGAGGACACAAUCUUUGAACUGCUCAAAACGAACGACUGGCAGCCACUUCUGGAGAAAGAUCAGCUAAGGAUAGAACAAAAGGCAGGCCGAAUAUUCCAAGGUUGGAAUGAAGGAAGGAUAUGUUUUGCUCCAACAUACAAAUAUCUGGCAAACUCUGACAAUUAUGCUGUCCAAACUUCUGCAUCCAAGGACAAAAGAAGAACCCCUGCUUGGUGUGACAGGAUAUUGUGGAAAGGGGAAGGAGUAAAGCAAAAUUGUUAUGUUAGAGGGGAAUCAAAGUUCUCAGACCACAGGCCAGUCUACUCAGUUUUCUCAUCACAACUAAACCUCAACAACAAGAACACGAGCACCGUUUCGACAUGCGUGCCCAAACGCGAAGCACAACCGCUCUUCCUCCCCGCCAGGACACAAAGCUGCAUACAAUGCGCCCCGAGGAGGUUCUCAGCCACAGCUUGAAAACAUACAUUUACUAUAUAAAUCUCCAACACGAGAAUCGGGAGCGUGUUGGCGGCUUCGUGGUGGUGGUUGAUUAGCCCUGACAGUGCCAUUCAUUAUAAUGGUUUGAAUAAUGAUGGGGUUCAUGGCACGGGUGCUAAUAAUGAAAAGCAUGGGUUUUGGGGAAGGAGGACUACAGAGGGCAUCUAAGGCCAUGCGUGUUGAAGGCUUGUUGAUUGGUUUGAUGCAUUAUUAUUGGAUUCUGGGCUUUUGCAGAAUUGCAGAACAAAAGGAAUUAACUUUUCCUUGUCUCAUCUUUCCUUUGGGUGGUUGUUUAGUUCAAAAAAGGAAUUUUAGGGAAUCAAGAAACUAACAAUGGGGUUGUCACUAACUUUAAUUAUAUCCAUCUUUGAUCAUGUAAUCCACAGUUUUGUAAGGAUUCGAUGAUACAAUGAUAGUUGUUAUCAGCAUAUGUUGAUUAUU